AUGGAAGUGAAUAACCAUGUUGCAUAUGACUUCGGGCUUCCCCGAAGGAUAUUCUAUAACGGAAGUGCGGUCGACGAGUAUAUUCGAUCACUUGACUCCGAUUUCGACUUUGUUUUACUCAUGGACUAUUUUGACGAAUCUCUGAUGCUUCUGCGUCGCAAGCUGUGCUGGAGCAUGAAGGACAUGGUUUACCUCAGAAGUAACAGUGGGAAAAAUAAAGUGGAUUUCGCUUUGAGUGAGGAUGACCGGAAGUUGUUGAGGAAGUGGCAAAUGGCGGACGUCGCCAUCUUUGAGCAUUUCCGUGCCCGGUUCUGGCGUCAGGUGGAGUCGGAGGGGAGGGAGUUGUUCCAGGAGACGGCGUUCUUCAAACAGGCACUGAGGAGGGUCCGCGACUACUGCAAGUACGGGAAGUUGCGAUGGCCGUCGGUGGACAUUGCGUCCUCGCCCUGGAAGAUGUUCCGGAAACGACAUUUUGCACGGAUGGACGAGAAUGUCAACGUGGACACGGUUCAACCAUCAUGGAAGAUUAAGGUCGGUAAACCCAUCCUUGAUGAUGAUGUCACUCCUUAA